UCUAAAGCGCGAACAUUAGUUGAGGAAGACCAUUGUUACUAGAAGUGUUCACUGGCUUUGAAAACAAAGUGCCGUUUGAGACACAUAAAAACAAUAUAUCAAUAUACGAAAGAUAUAUUUGUGAAGGCAGUGUUAACACAUCCCGUCCAAAAUGGUCAACGUAUUGAAAGGAGUUCUCGUGGAAUGUGAUCCAGCUAUGAAACAGUUUCUUUUGUAUCUGGACGAGACGUCAGCCCUGGGUAAGAAGUUCAUCAUCCAGGAUUUGGACGACACGCACGUUUUCAUCCUGGCUGAAGUCGUGCAUAUUCUUCAGGAACGUGUAGGAGAACUGAUGGACCAGAAUUCAUUCCCCAUCACCCAGAAAUAAACAUCUGACAGGAGCCAUUACAAUUUGGGAGAGCUCGUGGAUGUGGAGAUUCGUCCAGCCUGAACACCAAAACAAAGAUGCACAUGCAGGAUACUCUCUGUGGCAUCAGUUAUGUAAUUCAUUUAUAAAGAAUGUGAAUACGAAUAUAAAGGGAGAAAGUCAUUACAUAUGAAAAGGAAUGACUAAUUAAGUGUAUAGAGGUUGUAUAGCCUAUAGGAAGCAAUAUUGAAAGAUGUUUGGUCAUGGAUAAUAAACAAGCGCAGGAACGUUUGUAGAUGUCAAAUAAAAACUUGAACAAAUAUGCUCUUCGUGUGCUA